GAAGCCCUAGCCCCAGACUAUUUAUUUGGUAACCACCGCUCAUCGAACCGACUCUAGGGUUUCAGCGGCUUGAACAUCAUGGCGACGCAAAUCAGCAAGAAGAGGAAGUUUGUUGCCGACGGUAUAUUCUACGCUGAGUUGAACGAGGUUCUAACUAGAGAGCUAGCAGAGGAUGGUUACUCAGGUGUGGAGGUUAGGGUCACUCCCAUGAGGACUGAGAUUAUCAUCAGAGCUACCCGUACCCAAAAUGUUCUCGGUGAGAAGGGGAGGAGAAUCAGGGAGUUGACAUCUCUUGUGCAGAAGAGAUUCAGAUUCCCUCAAGACAGUGUUGAGCUUUACGCUGAGAAGGUUGCCAACAGAGGUCUCUGUGCCAUUGCUCAGGCUGAGUCUCUCCGUUACAAGCUCCUCGGUGGUCUUGCCGUUCGCAGGGCUUGCUAUGGUGUCUUGAGAUUCGUCAUGGAGAGUGGCGCUAAGGGAUGUGAGGUGAUUGUGAGUGGAAAGCUCCGUGCAGCACGUGCCAAGUCCAUGAAAUUCAAAGACGGUUACAUGGUUUCCUCUGGUCAACCUACCAAGGAGUACAUCGACUCUGCAGUCAGACAUGUUCUCCUCAGACAGGGUGUGCUUGGAAUCAAGGUCAAGGUCAUGCUUGACUGGGACCCUAAGGGAGUGCUGGGACCAAAGACACCACUGCCUGAUGUUGUCAUCAUCCAUACUCCCAAGGAAGAAGAUGUCAACUCCGCACCAGCUCAGGUUGCUGCUCCGGCUGCUCUUCUACCAGAAGCUCCCCUCACAGCCGUAGAUUACCCUGAGAUGAUCCCUGUCGCCUAGAAGAAGACUCCUUGGAAUGCCUCUGUUUUUGGUCAAACCUUAUCAGCGGCUCUUUAAGAUACUUCUUGUUUUUAUAUCUUCGAAGCAGACAAGUUUUUUCUCAUGUUGUUUUUAAACCUAUGUUAAGUUUUUUUGGCAUUGAAUGCGUUUAGUUCAAUGGAAUUUUUGGGCUUGAAUAAUGAAUCGUUGCAGUGUAAUACGUUACUCCAAAGUCCAAAAAUUGUUUCAACUGACCCUA